AUGCCUAUCGCUAUUUCCAGUCUUGGAAUGGCAGUAGGUGCUUUUCUGUUUGGAACUAUAUCAGACGUUGCAGGCCGUAAAAAAUUGAUCCCGAUUACUAUGAGCAUCGUGUUUUGCGCCUUAGCUUCUCUUUCCUUCGCUCAAGUCAAUUUUUUGAUAAAUUUGUCAGUGUUUAUAUUCGGAAUGGGAGUAGCUGGAAAUAAUAUUGUUCUGAGAAUUUAUCUCAUCGAAUGCCUACCGAUGAAAAAGAGAGGGACUUGUUUAGCAGUAAUCGACAUGUUUUGGAUAGUCGGCUAUUUAUCAGUCAUAGUAUUCGCCAUUGUCUGCGGUACGCCGAGCCUGGUGAUCGCCUGCACUUCAGGUCUCCUACCACCGAGUCCUCGGUAUUUGUUGCUUCGUCGACGACCGAGACAAGCUCUCGCGGUGCUCCAACAGAUGUACGCCAUCAAUAAUUUGAAGCACAUCAAUACCUAUCCGAUCAGGGAUUUAGAAGGCUGUGUGCGUCCAGACGACGAGGAUGAAGCUGGCAAUAUUCAAAGAUACUUUACGAAAACUUGGGAACGGAUUCACAGAGUGCACAAAUCUCCAUACAAGCGUGUGACAUUGUGCGGAAUAUUAGCGUGUUUUCUGCAUUUUCCCGGAUUCGUUUGGCUCGGUUUGUGGAACACGCACGUUCUCCAGGAAAUGGAAGAACACUACGUCGUAAGUGGCACAUGUAAUGUCAACGUUCAGAACAUGGUAUUGGAUUUUUUGCGAAACUGUGAUAAGGUGAACGACGCUCGUUUCGAACUGCUGUUGCUGAUAUCACUAGGCUACGUGUUAGGAGAGACAUUGCUCAUCGUUGGAAUCGAUGUCGUUGGCAGACGGCCGUAUUUAAUAUUUUCGGGACUGGCGGGUGGCCUGGCCUCGUUCAUGCUUAUUUUUCGAUUGCACCACGCGAUUCGUGUAACUCUGUCGUCGAUUUUCCUGGCCGCUUACGCUAUCGGACGCACGACGACGUGCGUUUUGCUACUGGAAAAUUAUCCCACCGCUCUGAGAGGCACAGUGAUGGGCCUGAUGAAGAUACUUCCCUACUUGACGCUUUUCGCGUUGCAGCUCUUUAUGAAGACGACCUGUCUUCUAAGUGCGGCAAUCGCGAUGCUACUAGUGCCCGAUUUAACCAGAUUACCGAUGAAGGAAUAA